CACAUUUAGGUACAGAAGGUGGAGAACAGCGCUCGCCGAGUGACGGGAUGGAGAAAGGUGUGCUGCAGCUGCUUCUUUCCAUAGCGUUAUACAGGUCUCAGGUCCUGGGGUUUACUUUCGAGGCAGAAAGCCGGCUUCGGACUGACCUGUUGACCAAUUACUCCUUGAAGGUUCGUCCACUGAGUGUCACGGACGUCGGACUCGCCUUCAACAUCAUUACGGUUAACGAUCUGGUGACCCGGACUCAGACGUUUUCCGUGUCAGGCUACUUCACAGUGGUAUGGAACGACACACGCCUGGAAUGGAACACUACAAAGUACGACGACAUUAUGUUCAUCUUUUCCGAUGAAACUGAAAUAUGGCGACCCUCGCUCGUGGUAAAAAACGCAAUCGACAAUUUAGACGUCAUAGCUAACGAACACAUUCCACUGAGAGUCAGUAACGAGGGCAGAAUAAACUGGAAUCCACCCGGAAUUUACAAAACCUACUGCGACAUUGACAUCACCUACUACCCCUUCGACUUCCAGCUAUGUUCUGUCGUCAUUCAAAGCUGGGGCUACAACAUCAGGGAACUUGACUUAAAGAAAUAUCGCGAGGAUGUGGACACUGCUGAGUAUGUAAAAAACGGGGAGUGGAGCUUGAUAGAGGCUUUCAGCGAGAGACAGGAGGAGACACGUACACUUAGCUCUGACGCCAAAACCUAUGCCACGGUUGCCUUCAAAUUCCGACUUCAGCGGAGACCAGAAUAUUAUGGCAUCAACAUCAUCCUUCCCGUGGUGGUUCUGUCCAUCCUGUCGGCCCUGGUGUUCGUCCUGCCUCCGGACAGCGGGGAGAAGAUGGGCUACUCCCUCACGGUGCUUCUCUCCUUUGCUGUCUUCCUGACCCUCAUCGCUGACCGCAUGCACAAGACCAAAUAG